GCUCAGAAAGGCACCAUCUAUUGUUAAUUUCAGAAAAAAACAGAAGCUGCAACAAUGAAGAAGAGCUCCAUGCCUCCUCAUCCUUUCUACUCUCCCAUUCUCGAAGAGCCUGAGAAACAAGACGCCAAAAGCUUUAGGGUACUCGAGAAAGGACCUGCUGCAAGGUCUCAUGCUGAUAUGGAUCAAAACAAAGAGGCAGCAGCUGCAGCACCGAAGAAGCUAGAGAGGAAGACAACCGAAGACAUCAAUAAAAGCGCCGAUGCAUUCAUCAAGAAGUUCAGGAAUCAGCUGAUGAUCCAAAGGCUAGAGUCGAUCGAGAAUUACGAGCAAAUGCUAGCAAGGGGGCUCUAACAGAGAUCAUAUAUCAACCUAAAACUUCCAUGAUGCAUGUUCAUGAUCUACUACUACUGUCAUAAAACUUCUGUACGUGAUAUAUAAUUGAUUGUAUAAGACUGUUUAUUUGAUUGUAGUUGUCACAAUCUAUAAUGAUAUUGCUUUGCAGGUCAGAGGGAUAUGUGAAUCAAGCAAUAAGUCAUAACGUGCUGUAAUAAAUUUAAUUACGAUCGAUGAUGAUUCUCUCGUAUUUGUUGGAAAGUAUAUCUUAAAUUCCAAUUAAAUAUGAAUGAAAUUAUAAUGGGUGCGACUAUUGCCACCCUACUA